AUGCUCCAACUUCUUUCGAGAAGAACCCUAGCCUCCAUGCCUGAAAAUACCAAGAAAGAACUAGUACUGGCACUCGACCACUACUUCUCCACCACAUCUUUCCAGUUUACCAGCGAAAACAAUGUGUCCAGGCUCCGCACUUGGAUGGAACUUGUGUAUCUUCGACAACGACCUUUAGUGGCAGUAGACGUGGAAGCAUGGGAGCGCAACCCCAACAAAAUCACCGAGAUUGGGUUGGCCGUCUACGAUCCAGACCGCCAGUGGAACCUGAUCAUGCCUCGGGUGAGAACACUCCAUAUCCUUGUGAAAGAGAACAAGAACAAGAACAACGGCAGAUAUGUGCCGAAUAACAAGCUCCGAUUUAAUGGUGGAACGUCGUACGAGAUGCUGACGGCGGAGCUGAAAGGUCUCUUGAACGAGAUCUUGACCCACUAUCUCAACAAUCGUAACGGAGUGUUGGUGGGCCAUAAUAUUGGAGGCGACAUCAAGUGGCUUGCCAGCCACGGUGUGAAGCUGGUGCAGAACAUCGACACAGUAGACACAGAGAAGAUGCAUCGCAUGAGUCGGCUGAGUGGAAGCUCGUUGCGUGGAGUGCUUCGAACUGUAGGUAUUCCUCAUCUGAAUCUUCACAACGCAGCCAAUGAUGCCUAUUACACCUUAUUGGCAGCCAUGAGCUACUGUGAUCCAGAGCAGCGUCGAGUAUUUGAAUUAGAUACGUUUAUGGAACUUGCGGUGGUUGAGGGAGACAAGAAGGAUAAUGCAGCAAGGAAGAAGGCCGAGAAGUUUAGUGACAGUGCUAAGAUUUUAAUGGGGCACGAGGCUCCCGAUGCACUUGACUUUAUUGGAAGAGAGCUCGAGUGA